GCGGUGUAAGAAUGGUUUUGCGCUGGCAUCGGAUUGGCAUGCAUCAAGUCAGACUGUCCCAUGAAUUAGCUCCUUCUCAGAAUGCAGUGCGCGGGUGAAGGCAGCGGAUGGCGACGGCUAAGAGUGGGAAACUGGGAACGCUGUGCUAGUAGGUAACUCAAGGAUUACAUCACCCAGCUCGUUUGUACUUUGGAGAGGUUAUCAGCCCACCGUGCCAAGCAAUCUCCACCGCCUGAGAUGUUCUGCUCCGCUGCUUUCGCUUCUCUGUCACCAGCUUACCAUCCCGUACCCUACGCUUGAUCCGAAUGCUUACCACCCGCGAGCCACAGCUUGUUCGACUGUUUGGUCAUGGCACGCUACCCUCUGGUAGGCAAAAAGCAAGUCAUCACAGCCCCUCAAAGCUUCCGGUAGAUAAGUCCAGAUCCAGUCGCUCGCAGCAAUUUGUUCCUGUUCUUCUGCGUGGUUUCUCUUCCCAUUCAGUCCACAAAUCUCCGCUCACGAAGAAGUCUCUUCAUACUGUGUCUUGUCUAUUCUGCUUUGGUCAAGUCAGCACCACGACCACUACAGCAGGCAUCCUAAACCACUAUCGAGCUCCUGAAGCAAGCAUCAAAACCGCAAGCAUGGCUGACCGCGAUCCCUCGCCUCGCGAUGGCACUACCGAAAUGAACAGCAGCGUUCAUCGCUGCGACAGCGCCGACCACCAGUUGCUGCGUGACCGCCAUGCCAUCCCGGCUAGUAUCCUCUUCCGUCAAACCGGUCGCCCAGAACACGUACCCCGGUUUCGCUAUCACCACCAGCCUCUCAUGUCCGUCGACCAGGGCAUCCUGGGCAUAGACGCCCACGAGGAGUUCCAAGCCUACUGUGCGCAGAACUCGGACGACUCACCGUCCGAUGCUAGCUCGGUCCAGGAGGGUUAUAUCGAGAAUGUUAGCGAGCCGAUCAUGCUGAAGCAUCCGCGUGAUAUGUCGCCGUCUUCGCAGACAUUACAUAGGCGGCGAUUCCGUGCGAAGCGGGAGGCGAAGAAGCAGGGGAAGAAGCAGGUGCGAAGGCAAAGGUUGGCGGAGAAGAGGAAGGGGAUUGUGUUCGAUCGGGAUGAUGGCGUCCUGGUCUUUGAGGAGGAUAUGGUGGCGGCGUUUGUGAUGGCGAAGGACAGCGUUAGUCUUGCCGAGGAUGCCACAGAGGAGAUAAGACGCCAGGGCUCGUGGUCGCAGCCGAUUGCCGAGUUCGUGGGAAGCUUUCCACGGAAGUUGUCGUCUUUCUGGGUCAGGAAGAAGUCGAGGGAGACGUUGCCGGUUUGCGAUGAGAGUAACCGUACCGCGCGCACCCGCGCCAACGCCAUCCAGGAAGACGCCGAGCUGCAGUUUCCGGUCUACGAUUUCAGUGCUAGCAGCAAUUCUGCUCGUGAAGAGCAAGCUUUCGAGGACGCCGAUACCAUAGCUCCUGACGCUGUCGAGCCGGAUGGCGCUUCGUUGAGACGCUGCGGCAGGAACGGUGAACGUGGCCGGGCCUCGUUCACCUACACCAAGAGCGAAUACAGCGAGCCGUCCUCGCCACACUCGCUGAUGAGUGAGCCUCCGCCUCCAUACUCGCCCCGCGAAGAGGGCAACGGAUACCACCCUGGAUUGUCAGCUCAGCGAGAAGCUUCCGACGCCGAAAGGCUUGCAGUGUGCAUUCUCCGCGUAAGCCAUCUGGUUCGAGAUGGUGAAUUCGAUGACGGAGUCAGGCAAGCUUACUUUGAUGAGUUUCCGGGCAAUCGCACACGCACAACAGAAUAUGAACAGGCAGUUGCAUCCGAGAUUUUACGUCUAGAGGUUGACGCCGAGCAGCAUCGUCGCGAUGCUGAGUUUAGGCUCGCCGAGGCUGAGCGAGAAGCGAAGAGACUUGCGCGUGAGCGUAAGCUGUCAUGGUUCCUUCCCCGAAGCACGGCGGCUAGGGUCGGUCAGAUGCAGACCUUUCGCUUGCUUAGGUCGGCGAGUGUUCCUGUGCUUCCCAAGAAAGCGCAUGUCAGGGAUGAAUUUGAUGAUGAUGGCGAUGAUAACGAUGCUGUGACGGAAGCUGUUCGGCUCGUUGCGCUGCACAGUGAGCGUGCACGAUCGUUUGUAGGGUUCACGUGAAGGGUUGCAGAGCGUCGGUAGCUACCAUUUA